AUGCCUUACCAUCCCCAGACUAGUGGCCAAGUGGAGGUCUCUAACCGAGAGAUCAAAAACAUCCUUAAGAAAACUGUGAGACCGGACAUAAAGGAUUGGUCAUCCUGGUUAGACGAUGCUCUCUGGGCAUAUAGGACAGCAUACAAGACUCCUAUUGGUAUGUCCCCAUAUCAACUGGUCUACAGUAAGGUUUGUCACCUCUCGGUCGAGUUGGAACAUAGAGCAUAUUGGGCCAUUAAGAACUUCAAUUUUGAUAUGAAGGGUGCAGGAGCUUAUCGUUGUCACCAACUUAAUGAGUUGGAAGAGAUUCUAAAUGAUUCAUACGAAAACAUCAAGAUACAUAAAGGCAGGACGAAAGCAUUUCAACGACAAACACAUAGUUGUGAAGUCCUUCGAACCACAUCAAAAGUGGAAAUCAAGGACCCUACAACUAACGCAUUCUUUAAGGUAAAUGGUCAGUGUCUGAAAUCAUAUGUCGAGAGCAUUACUACUGGACUUAUUGAUGAAGUUUUUCUUUGUGAUCCAAUGUACCCAACAUGA